GCUGGCGGCAGUGGCGGCUCUCGGGGGUGGGUUGUCAGUCUGUGAGCGGAGGGGGAAGAUGGCUCGCGGGGACCCGUUCUGCUAGGAAGAAGGUGGGCAGGUGGUGCUACUUACUCGGGAGAAAGCAGAGCAGCCGCCGUCGCUGUCGCUGCGAGCCAGACAAGUCGAGAUUCUGGAGGUGGAGCUUGGAGAGCCGCUCUGGUUGAAGGUUUAGAACAGAUGUGGAAAGAUGUUCACUUCAGAGAAAGGGGUUGUGGAGGAAUGGUUGUCAGAGUUUAAGACACUACCAGAAACAUCUUUACCAAAUUAUGCUACAAAUUUGAAAGACAAGAGUUCUUUAGUUUCAUCUCUCUAUAAAGUUAUCCAGGAGCCACAAAGUGAGUUGCUAGAACCUGUCUGUCACCAGCUCUUUGAAUUCUAUCGCAGCGGAGAGGAGCAGUUGCUUCGAUUUACACUGCAGUUUCUUCCAGAACUGAUUUGGUGCUACCUUGCCGUCUCAGCCAGCAGAAAUGUGCAUAGCAGUGGAUGCAUUGAAGCUCUUCUCCUAGGGGUUUACAAUUUGGAAAUAGUUGACAAACAGGGACAUAGCAAAGUAUUGAGUUUUACGAUUCCAUCUUUAUCCAAACCAUCUGUAUAUCAUGAGCCUUCCAGCAUUGGGUCCAUGGCUCUGACCGAGAGCGCCCUAUCCCAGCAUGGCUUGUCAAAAGUUGUGUACAGCGGACCUCACCCCCAAAGGGAGAUGCUGACAGCACAGAAUAGGUUUGAAGUGUUGACAUUCCUUUUGUUGUGUUACAAUGCUGCCCUAACUUAUAUGCCCAGUGUUUCUCUUCAAUCACUGUGUCAAAUUUGUUCAAGAAUCUGUGUUUGUGGAUAUCCUCGACAACAUGUAAGAAAAUACAAAGGUAUAAGUAGCAGGGUACCGGUUUCUUCAGGAUUCAUGGUGCAAAUGUUAACAGGAAUUUAUUUUGCCUUUUAUAAUGGAGAAUGGGAUCUAGCUCAAAAAGCAUUGGAUGAUAUUAUAUACAGAGCCCAGCUAGAAUUAUAUCCAGAGCCAUUGCUGGUUGCCAAUGCAAUACAGGCUUCAUUGCCUCAUGGUGCCAUGAAAUCUAGUAAGGAGGGUACAAGGUGUAUUCAAGUUGAAAUCACACCAACUUCCUCUAGAAUAUCGAGAAAUGCAGUAACCAGCAUGUCAAUAAGAGGUCAUAGGUGGAAAAGACAUGGAAAUACAGAAUUAACAGGUCAAGAAGAACUGAUGGAGAUAUCUGAAGUUGACGAGGGAUUUUAUUCCAGGGCUGCGUCUAGUACUAGCCAGUUGGGUUUAUCAAACAAUAGUCAAAAUUGUAGUAACAAGGGAAGUGUAGGAAAGACUCAGAGACGGUCAGGAGGAAACAAAACUGGAGGAAAAGAAAAAGAAACUGCAGGGGAGUCUUGCAAAGAUCACUUUGCUCGAAAACAAACCCAGAGAGCCCAAAGUGAGAAUCUCGAGCUUCUCUCCUUGAAGAGACUUACAUUAACAACCAGCCAAUCUCUGCCUAAACCUAAUAGUCAUGGUUUGGCUAAGACCGCUGCGACCGUAUUCAGUAAAUCCUUUGAACAAGUUAGUGGUGUCACAGUCCCAUAUAACCCAUCAUCUGCUGUUGGCUGUGGGACUGGGACAGAUACCAAUAGGUUUUCUGCUUGUAGUCUGCAAGAAGAAACGCUUAUUUACGUUUCUGAAAGGACUGAACUUCCAAUGAAGCAUCAAACAGGUCAGCAGAGACCUCCUAGUAUUAGCAUUACUUUGUCCACAGAUUAAUUUGUAAGAGUUUUCUCACGUAACCAGUGAAUCAGAAAAUACGACUUUGCUUCUUCAUGAAAGUUCCCAGGGUCGUCUUUCAUCCCUGUUCCUGACAGGAGCCCUGAUAUCUUAAAUUCUGAAGGCUACCUUGACUUUAUGAAGGGAAUAAUGUCUAGGUUGCAGUAAGUUGAAAUAUGGUUUUGUUAUUUCUUGGUUGUGUGUUUUCCCCUUGGCUUGAGUCUUUUUUUUCUUUUCUUACCUUCUUAUUUGUUUCUGUUGCCGUAAGAUUGUCAGUGUGACAAUACAUUUUGGCAGGUUGUCUGAUCAGAUUGGUCACAGCUCAUGAGAGGUUAUGAGUCUUUUUCUUUAAUAACUCCUAUUUUGGUAGCUGUGUGUUUGGCCUUCAGUGUAAAAGGGAAUCUCCUUGCAUGAGAACAGUGUUUUCAAGGAUGAGGCUGCUGUACAACUCCAGGAAUUCUACAGCUGGCUGUUUAGCGAGCCAGUCUGAAAAACAGGCAUGUGAAAAACAAAAAUGACGUGUAUGAAAAGUGCCUGCUAAAAAUGUUUGUAACCAGAUCGUCUUUAAGAUUAGUAGAACAGUUUAUAUAAAGCACUGGAAAAUGCCUGGUAACUCCGUAACCUAAAAUAUGAUAUGAUUCCAGGGGAUGGGAAGAGGGGUUUCCAUUGUUAUCUUUGGAACAUUUUUAUAUCAGAAAUCAGAUUGCUAGUAGAUGUGUUGCUUUGAAGUGUUUGAUCUGGAUUUAGCAGGUGAAGAUCCCUUUCAGUUCCUAAGAUGUAAUAGGCCAUAAAACUGACUUACCCUGCUGCUGGACUUCGGAAAACCUACUUAGCUUGGAUUCCCACAAUUCAGAGCACACAUCAUUGAAGACUUCCUGGAAAUGACUGAAUUUUGCAACCCAUCUCUCAAGAUACCAGUGUUUACCAUAUUGAAUUGUUUGUCUACAAAUGAAGGAAAUUAGGUAAAUUUUUCAUCUAUAAAAUAUCAUUGAAAGAAAAUAAAAAUAGUGAAAUAUGGACAAAGGACAUUUAUAUAUUAACUAAUUUAGGGUUAUAUAUGUUUGUGUUCUUAAAUUUAAAAUUUUAAGUAUGAAAAAUAUUAAAUGUGUUUCUUGUUUUAUGAACAGGCCUAUUUGAAAUGUUCUUGUUAUGAUAGAAUAAUGAAUGUAGUUGCUCCCAACCAAAAAAUAAAAAUAAAAAGGCAAUAUGGCAGAAGCUAAACAAACUUGUAUGUAGCUAUAGAGAGUCAGGUGACAUCCAGAUGGAUGUAAAAAUUUGAUGUUUGCUAGUGGUGGUCAUUUCAGCUAUGGUUGAGGUUCCUUAUAAAUCAAGUAUACUUAAGUAAUAAUCUAGGGUAAGAGAGAGAAAGCAGGGUUGAGGAUGAGAGACUAAGUUGACUGGGGAGGAAGAUGUAGGGAGCUGUCCCCUUGUUAAUGGUUAGUACACAGUAGUUUCCUUAUUCACAGUCUUUAGCUGUGGUCACACAGAGAAAAUGCUAGUUUUCCUCUUGUACCUGCUUAUGCAGAGCUCAAAUAUGUGAAAAAUUUGUUAUGUCUUGAAGACUGCUAAAGCAUUUUCACUAUGAAUGCAGUUUUGACCAUAACUGCUUUGGCUAUCGUUUUAAAUCCAAUUCUUCAAAAAGCAUGAACUAGUUUUUAUUCAGUAACCCUGAAUAAAAUAUGGUUUUUAAUGUAAGUGAAUUUGAUUUUUUUAGUGCCACUGAUAGAAAUGGAAUAAGAUCUAUUGGCAUACAUUGUAGGAAAAAACAAAAAAAAGCAAAGCAACCAGACAGUGAAAGUUGAUAAAGUAUUAAUUUAAUAGAAAUCCUGUCUACAAUUUAAAUCCUGUGUACAAUUACUGUGAAUUUCCUAUUGUCUUUUUGUAAUUCUUUAACAAAGAAUUUCCCCUAGGCAUAGCUACUAACAAUAUUAAUAAUAGUCUUAAGAACUAAUUUAAAAGAUUGGCAUUGGAGGCAAGUUAAGGUGCUUAGGAAACAUUAUAGAAUAAGUUUGAGGAAACAUUAGCUGGCACAAAUAAGAGAUCAGAUUUUAAUGUUCAGCUGUUGUAAUGGAACCUCAUUUUGUUACUAUUCUAGAUCAUUGCUAUUAUAAAUCAUUGUGGUCUGAGGACCAGUAAGGAACAUUGGCAUUACCUGCCAUCUUGUUAAAAAUGCAGAAUUUCAGAGCCACCUUAGAUCUACUGAAUCAUAAUCUGCCUUUUAAUAAGAUCUCAGGUGAUUAUUAUGUACAUUAAAGUUUGAGAAGACAGUAUCAAAGUGCAAGCAAAUCACUUAUCUAAUAUUUAGAAUUCUCAGUGUUCUCACAACCCUAGAUCAAAUAUGUUGGAUACUAGAUCAUUAUAAUCUUCAUUGUUUUUAAAGCUAAUUAAUUUUUUAAGUGUCAACUGACUUAAGUCCCCUAAUUCUAAAUUUUUAAUGAAUCUCAUUUAUUUUUACAAUAAAAAUGUUAACAUUUUAUAUUCUUCUGUUAUUUGAAAAUGGAAUCAGAGCUGUAGAUGCCUACAAUUUUAAGUAUGAAAGGGGUACCACCCUUUUACACAAUGCACAACAAAUCUGCAUGUGUUUUUUCUUUUAAAAACCCUGAAGGCUUACUCAAAGGAGUGGUUCUGAAUUUUUGCUCCAAGUAAUUUGUCCCAGUUGAUUUUCUAGAAUGUGGAGUUAUGGUAACAGUCAAAUUCUUUAGUAGUACCUUUGAUACUAUUUCAAAUAAAGAUUAUACAUUUGAAAAUUUUUAUAGCAGUUAUUAAUACUGGGUAAUGCUAACUGUGGUAACAAUGAUAAUUAUCGCUGCUCUUCUUGUCCCACUCACUUUUCCAAAUUUGAAAGUUGGAGUGGCUUUUGUAGGUCAUUUUCUUAUGAAGAUGCUGAUGUGACCAUUUGAUCACAGACCUUGUGUAUAUCCAGAGUAAUACCUUUUACCACAAGAAGGAUUCUGCACAAAACUGGGGCCUCGCACCUCAUAGCUCAGAGGAUCUGUGCAGACAUUGUAGUCCCAUUCCACAUUUUAAACCUCUAAAAGAUUCUUGAAAUUACCCAACCUCUCACUCUUCAGAUAUCCGACUACCUGGGAUAUUCUAGUGAAGCUGGGUGCCAGCUUUUCCGUUUUAGAAUCCAAGUGGAGAGAGAGACAAAGACUUCAGGGGAGUGUCCCAGGGCAGGUGAGCACCCUGGAAUCCCUUAUUAUACCACCAUGGAACUUUUAAAGGCAGCUCUGUAGAUUUGAAGAGUAGAAAUUCUCAGUCCUUAAAUGAUUUCAGUGUGUUUAGAAAAAGCAAUAUUUCAUUGCUCUUUUCAAUUAUGAAGUAACUACUUAGCAAACAUUAUUCAAUAAUAAUUAUAAAAGUUAUUAACUUUUAAAGAUAAAAAGUUAAAAUAAAGGGAAAUAAAAUUUUUAAACCAAAAUGGAUGAAAAAUGAUCCCAUUUUUAAGGGAUUUUGUCUGUUUUGGAAGAAUAAAAUUAAAGUGUUGAAACCUUUAAAUUGUAAAGAAAAAUACACCCUGAGACCUAAUUUUCAGCAGAUAUUAAAGUAAGGCUAUUUAACGUUUGAGUCUAUAGGCACAAUAAGUCUACACUUUAUUAAAGGGAAGCACAUCAAGGAAAUAUAUCUGUUAAAUAAGGUAACUGAAAUUUUUUUUUUUUUUUUUUGCGGUAUGCGGGCCUCUCACUGUUGUGGCCUCUCCUGUUGUGGAGCACAGGCUCCGGACACGCAGGCUCAGCGGCCAUGGCUCACGGGCCCAGCUGCUCCGUGACAUGUGGGAUCCUCCCGGACUGGGGCACGAACCCAUGUCCCCUGCAUCGGCAGGUGGACUCUCAACCACUGAGCCACUAGGGAAGCCCCUGAAAAAAUAUUUUUUAAAAAGCCAUUUAAAAAAAGAAUAAUUUGAUGGGUACUUAAAUUAAUCAUUGUAGAUAGAAGUUAAUGUAUAAUAGUGUCUUCCCAAUCUUUGGAUAAAAAAUAAACUCUCUAGUCCUUUAAUUAGCAUGAAUUUAUACUUUUAGAUUAAUUGCUUAGUAAAAUUAUACUCAAUACUUUGAGUUAUUCACAUUUAUAUUUAAUAUUGUUAAAUUCUUCAUCAGAGAACAGAAAUAUGUUGUCUUCUGUAUUUUGUAACUUGUGCAUACCUACAGAGAUUACCAGUGAACGUUUUAGAAGAUGCUUUUGUGUUUUUUAAUAGUAGAGUUCUAGAGUACUUAUGUCUUGAUAUGAAGUUUCUACUAGUAAACUGAAGGUCCUAUUUCACAUACUGUUAUUUUCUCUUAUGUGGAGUUUAUUGUGUACCUCUUAUCUUUAUUUCUAAUCACGUAGUGAUACUAAUCUUUUCAUAGUAAAUUGACUUGUUUCUAAUCGUGUUCCUAGAGUUUACAUUCCUAAAGAAUAAAUUACGACUUUGGAUAUUUUUAUGUGCUCUCUACCUUUUUAAGGCUAUGGAAAUAAACUGGAGUUUAGUUUUUUGAAGUUUUGUAUAUUUGUGUAAAUGUUCUCCAUAUGCAAUACUUUAUAGAGCAGUGUUGCCUCUUGUUUUAAUGAAAUAAAAACUGAAAAAAUA